AUGGCGCUCGCCCGGCUGCUGCUGCUGCUGCUGCUGCCUUGCCUGGGCGCCCGAGCAGCAGAACCAGUCGAUGUUUUGAAAGUAUUGCAGCUGCAGAGCCUGCCCGAGGGGGUCCGCAAGACAACGGGCUUCUGCCCCAAGAGGCGCUCAGGAUCGGGGCCGGAUGUGGCCUAUCGGAUAUCCAGGCAGGCUCAGAUCAGCGCCCCCACGCGGCAGCUCUUCCCAGGCAAAUUCCCGGAGGAUUUUUCCAUCAUGGCGCUGUUGAAGCCCAAGUCCGGCCUCCAGGCCUUCUUGCUCUCCAUCUACAACCAACACGGCAUCCAGCAGCUGGGCAUGGAGCUCGGCCGCUCGCCCGUCUUCCUCUACGAGGACCAGAACAAGCGCCCCGCCCCGGAGGACUACCCCAUCUUCCGGGGAGUCAACCUGGCAGAUGGCAAGUGGCACCGUGUGGCGCUCAGCGUCAGCAAGAAGCAAGUGACCCUGGUCCUGGACUGCAAGAAGAAAGUGACACGGCCGCUGCCCCGUGGAAACCAGCCGGUCAUCGACACGCGAGGCAUCACCGUCUUUGGAACCCGCAUCCUGGAUGAUGAAGUCUUUGAGGGUGAAAUCCAGCAGCUCCUCAUCUCCUCCAGCCCGCAAGCGGCCUACGACUUCUGCGAGCACUACAGCCCGGAUUGUGACGGAGCGACCCAGAAGCCUCAAGCCCAGGAGGCCCAGCAGAGACCCACCAGGCCUGAGAAACCGGCCAAGGCCACGGCUAAGGCCACGGCCAAGGCCGCCACCAAGGCCGCCACCAAGCCCAAACCGAAGCCGCAGCCCCAGAAGCGCCAGCUAAUGGGCACGACGCCCAGCUCGGUCAAGACGGGGGCCAAAAACGGGAAGCCCCCCGGCAGUUCUAAAUACUCCGGCAACGGGAAGUAUCCUGGCAACGGGAAGUCCCCCGGCAACGGGAAGUCCUCGGGGAAGUCCUACAGCGGUGGCGGCGCCAGGGCCAAGGUGGCCUCGGGGGGCAAGUCCUCGGCCGCGAAAAACUCCCAGAACAAAUCGGGGGGCCAGGCGCAUGCCGGCGCCACUGGAACCCGGACGCUGGGAAACAGCUACCAGCAGGACGUGGGUCUGCUUCCCACGCAGGAGCCCCGGGGAGCUCACGAGUACCCCGAGUACAGCCUGCCUCCUCACGCGGAAGACACUUACUGGGAAGAGAACCCCACGGCGGAGGCGUCCCCUCCUGCCCCCUCAUCGCCGUGGGUCGAGGAGGAAGUGCCCAGCCCACAUCCCACGGAGGAGGAGGUGUUCACAGAAGAGGAGGUGCCAGGUGUGGGUCUGGAGUAUGAAUACGUCUAUAAGAACUAUGGCGAGGGGGCGGAGCCGUCGGAGCUGGGCCCCGUGCUCUCAGCUGAAACCCCCCACAGCGGAGGCGCGGUGCGCGGAGCCCGAGGCUACAAAGGCGACAAAGGCGAACCGGCUGUCUUCGAGCCUGGCAUGCUGGUGGAGGGUCCCCCUGGCUCAGAAGGCCCUCCGGGUAUCAGCGGGCCGCCCGGCACCCAGGGACCCCCCGGACCUUCUGGCGACUCUGGGGAGAGGGGUCCCCCCGGACGCCCCGGUAUGCCUGGCUCUGACGGUGUCCCCGGACCCCCCGGCACCUCCAUGAUGCUCCCGUUCCGGUUUGGGAGCAGCGGAGGCGGCAAGGGACCGGUGGUGGCAGCACAGGAGGCUCAAGCUCAAGCCAUCUUGCAACAAGCCCGGCUGGCCUUACGGGGCCCUCCCGGACCGAUGGGAUACACAGGCCGUCCCGGGCCCUUGGGUCAACCCGGCAGCAACGGCAUGAAAGGGGAGCACGGCGACUUUGGCCCUCAGGGGCCGCGGGGGCCUCAGGGACUAACAGGAGCCCCAGGGAAGUCUGGCCGGAGGGGUCGCGCUGGAGCUGACGGGGCACGGGGAAUGCCCGGGGAAUCGGGCAUCAAGGGCGACCGUGGCUUCGACGGGCUGCCUGGCCUUCCAGGGGACAAAGGACACCGGGGUGACACUGGCUCUCAGGGUGUCCCUGGUCCCCACGGAGAAGAUGGCGAGAGGGGAGACGAUGGUGAAGUUGGACAACGUGGGCUUCCCGGAGAGCCGGGACCCAGAGGGUUGCUCGGACCCAAAGGCCCCCCGGGGAUCCCAGGCCCACCGGGCGUGCGCGGCAUCGAUGGACCCCACGGGCCAAAGGGGAAUCUGGGUCCGCAAGGGGAGCCGGGACCCCCCGGUCAGCAGGGGACUCCGGGGACACAGGGGCUGCCAGGACCGCAGGGGGCAAUGGGACCCCAUGGGGAAAAGGGCCCCACUGGGAAACCGGGUCUCCCUGGAAUGCCCGGCUCUGACGGGCCCCCGGGCCACCCUGGCAAAGAGGGCCACCCUGGCACCAAAGGGAACCAGGGCCCAUCUGGUCCGCAAGGUCCGGUUGGCUACCCAGGCCCUCGCGGUGGGAAGGGCAUCGACGGCAUCCGCGGCUUGAAAGGUCACAAGGGAGAGAAGGGAGAAGAAGGAUUUACUGGUUUCAAGGGCGACGUGGGUGUGAAAGGUGACCGGGGCGAAAUUGGCGUCCCGGGAUCCCGUGGGGAAGACGGCCCCGAAGGCUCCAAGGGCCGGACUGGCCCACCUGGAGAUGCAGGUCCCCUUGGGCUGGUAGGAGAGAAGGGCAAACUGGGUGUUCCAGGAUUGCCAGGGUACCCAGGGCGACAGGGCCCCAAGGGUGCGCAAGGCUUUCCUGGAUUCCCCGGCACCAAUGGCGAGAAGGGGGGUCGGGGUCUCUCUGGGAAGGCCGGGCCCCGAGGCGAGCGGGGGCCCUCGGGCCCCAGAGGCCAGCGUGGGCCACGAGGAGCCACGGGGAAGUCAGGAGCAAAGGGCACCUCUGGCAGCGAAGGUCCAGCCGGACCCCUCGGUGAACGGGGGCUGCCGGGACCACAAGGGCCGAACGGAUUCCCCGGACCGAAAGGACCCCCUGGCCCCCCUGGGAAGGAUGGGCUUCCUGGCCACCCUGGACAGCGGGGAGAAGUUGGAUUCCAAGGCAAAUCUGGCCCCUCAGGAGGCCCGGGGGUCGUGGGACCUCAGGGAGCCGCAGGAGAAACAGGCCAGAUGGGAGAGAGGGGGCACCCAGGCCCGCCCGGACCGCCGGGGGAGCAAGGCCUAUCUGGGCCGUCCGGAAAAGAAGGAACCAAGGGUGACCCCGGCCCCCCUGGAGGCCUAGGGAAGGACGGCCCGGCUGGACUGAGAGGUUUCCCCGGAGAACGAGGCCUCCCUGGCACUGCCGGGGGCCCUGGACUGAAAGGCAACGAGGGACCCGCCGGACCCCCAGGACCCGCUGGGUCUCCGGGAGAGAGAGGGGGACCGGGGUCAGGCGGCCCCGUCGGGCCCCCAGGAAGGCCCGGACCUCAAGGACCACCUGGCCCGUCUGGGGAGAAGGGCGUGCCUGGUGAAAAAGGGCCCCUCGGCCCCGCUGGCCGUGACGGCGUCCAGGGCCCCGUGGGGCUGCCCGGCCCUGCAGGACCGCCCGGGGGCCCGGGGGAGGACGGCGAUAAGGGCGAAGUGGGAGACCCGGGGCAGAAGGGCGGCAAAGGCAGCAAAGGGGAGCACGGUCCACCGGGGCCACCUGGCCCACUGGGUCCCCUCGGGCAACCAGGAGCUGCAGGUGCUGACGGAGAUCCUGGAGCGAGGGGCCUCCAAGGCCACUUUGGGGCCAAAGGGGAUGAGGGGACGCGCGGCUUCAACGGGCCCCCGGGGCCCAUCGGUUUGCAGGGUCUGCCUGGACCAUCCGGAGAAAAGGGCGAGACGGGAGAUGUGGGAGGCCUGGGACCCCCAGGACCCCCAGGACCGCGAGGCCCAGCUGGACCCUCUGGAGCUGACGGUCCUCAAGGCCCCCCGGGAGGCAUAGGGAACCUGGGUCCCCCUGGGCAGAAGGGUGAGGCAGGAGAACAGGGGGGACCCGGGGGUCCCGGAGAGCCAGGAGGGAAGGGCCCACGGGGCGAAAGAGGAGAGAAAGGAGAGGCCGGAUCUGCUGGCACAGCUGGACCCCCUGGAGGGAAAGGCCCCACUGGAGACGACGGGCCCAAGGGCAACCCCGGUCCAGUUGGUUUCCCUGGAGAUCCAGGACCCCCUGGCGAAAUGGGACCCCGGGGCCAAGAUGGGGCCAAAGGUGACCGAGGAGAAGACGGCGAGCCAGGAGAGGCGGGUUCUCCAGGCCCAACCGGUGAGAACGGCCCCCCCGGCCCCCUAGGGAAGAGGGGCCCAGCCGGCACGCCCGGCCCCGAGGGGCGGCAAGGGGGGAAAGGCAAAAAGGGAGAAUCGGGUGCGCUUGGGCCGCCAGGGAAGACUGGGCCAGUGGGGCCUCAGGGAACGCCUGGGAAACCAGGAACAGACGGGCUGAGGGGCAUCCCCGGAUCCGUGGGUGCGCAAGGCAAGCCAGGGGCUACAGGCCAGGCCGGGCCUCCGGGACCAGUGGGCCCCCCCGGCUUGCCUGGACUGCGAGGGGACUCUGGACCCAAAGGAGAGAAGGGCCACCCUGGUCUCAUUGGCUUGAUCGGACCCCCGGGAGAACAAGGGGAGAAGGGAGACCGAGGCCUGCCGGGCCCACAGGGCAGCGGGGGCCAUAAAGGAGAACCCGGAAUCUCUGGUCCGACCGGCCCCCUCGGCCCCGCAGGGCCCCCUGGACUUCCUGGUCCACCCGGUCCCCAAGGUGCGAAAGGAGCCACGGGUCAAGCGGGACCCAAAGGUCAGCGUGGAGUCCCUGGACCCCCCGGGCACCCGGGCCCCCCGGGCGAAGUCAUCCAGCCGCUGCCCAUCCAGAGGUCCAAGAAGAACAAGCGCUCCAUCGAUGGCAGCCAGCUGAUGCCGGAGGAGGAGGAGGAGGAGGAGAAGGCGGCGGCGGACACAGCCAGCCACAAGGCCUCCCAGGGCAUGGAGGAGAUCUAUGGCUCCCUGCACUCCCUCCGGGAGGAGAUUGAGCACAUGAGGAAGCCGCUGGGCACGCAGGACAGCCCCGCCCGCACCUGCCAGGACCUGCACCUCUGCCAGCCUGAGCUGCCCGACGGUGAAUACUGGAUCGAUCCGAACCAGGGCUGUGCACGGGAUUCCUUCAAAGUCUUCUGUAACUUCACCGCUGGGGGCGAGACGUGCGUUUUCCCCAGCCAAGAGACUCGAGAGGCGACCGUGGCCACGUGGGAGCAGGAGACGCCCCAAACCUGGUUCAGCCAGUUCCGGAAAGGCAGUCAGUUCUUCUACGUGGACGCCGACGGCAACCCCCUGGGCGUGGUGCAGCUGGCCUUCCUGCGGCUGCUCAGCGUCUCGGCCCGCCAGAACUUCACCUACCACUGCCAGCGCUCGGCAGCCUGGCACAGCCGCGGCGCCCCCCCCUCCGGGGGCUACCAGCGGGCACUGCGCUUCCUGGGCGCCAACGAGGAGGACAUGAGCUAUGACAGCAGCCCCUACAUCAAGGCCCCGGUGGACGGCUGCGCGGUACGGAAGGGGUCCGCCAAGACCAUUCUGGAGGUGAACACCCCUGUCGUGGCUCAGCUGCCCUUGCUGGACGUGCGCGUGACGGACUUUGGCGAGCCCAACCAGAAGUUUGGGUUCGAGGUGGGACCGGUGUGUUUCCUCGGCUAG